CCUGAAGCAUACAUUGCGAGGUGGUGGUGGUUUUGGGACUGGUUGGAGGCUCGCGUGGAUACCCACACCCAAAGGACAUCACGAGGAGAUUUAAGAAUGCUGUUGCAAUUGGGAAAAUUGCACUUUGUCAUCUGUCCAUUGGACUGAAGCAGUUAGGACGGAUGGGAGAAAGUACUGCUCACCACUGAGUUCCAUAGACAAGAUUCCCAAACUGCUUUGUUGAAGACAUCUAAAACAGCACGGCCUGGUAUUUUACUGCUCCCAGUUUUGGAUGCAGAAUCCGAAAGUCCUUGGAAAAUGAGUGUUCUUCUCAUUGAAGCUUUUUAUGGUGGUUCCCACAAACAGCUGAUGGAUCUUCUCCAGGAAGAGCUACAAGAAGACUGUGUCCUCUGUACGCUCCCGGCCAAGAAGUGGCAUUGGAAAGCACGGACUGCUGCUCUUUAUUUCAUGCAAACAGUGCCAACAAGUACUAAUUACAGGAUCCUCUUUGCAAGCUCAGUGCUGAACCUGGCUGAACUCGCUGCCCUCCGCCCUGACCUUGGCAAAUUGAAAAAGGUCCUCUACUUCCAUGAGAACCAAUUGGCAUAUCCUGUCCAGAAAUGCCAGGAAAGGGAUUUUCAGUAUGGAUACAACCAGAUUCUUUCAUGUUUGGUUGCUGAUGUUGUGGUGUUCAACUCUGCUUUUAAUAUGGAAUCGUUUCUUACAUCCAUUGGAAAAUUUAUGAAGCUGAUUCCUGACCACAGACCUAAGGAUUUGGAAAAAAUAAUCAGACCGAAGUGCCAAGUUCUUUAUUUUCCAGUCAGGUUUCCUGAUGUGAGCAGGUUCAUGCCAGAACAUAAGCUUGCCCAUUUGGAAAAGGUAAUUGGUGUUAAAAGAAAUGGAGAUGCUUAUCAAUUGGAGGAUCUGCCCGGCCAGCAGAAGAGCAGGGCUUUAAUGAAAAACAGCAACGCACAGUGCGAGUCUGGACUUCGUGAAGCCCAGCCUGGACUUCGUACCACACAGCACGAGGGGCUGCCUUCCCCAUUAACAGCCCUGGCGAGAUCGAACCAGCCUGAAGCAUCAGAAAGUACAAAUCCUUGUCAAGAAGAAGAUAAGCAAUGUCUGACUUUUAACCUCUCUAAUAUCUUGAGUGGACAGGACUAUCAGCAAAGACCUUUACACAUUGCCUGGCCUCACAGGUGGGAACAUGAUAAAGAUCCUGAAACUUUCUUUAAAGUCCUGCUGAAACUGCAAGAGAAAGAUCUACCUUUUCGUGUGUCCGUCCUUGGAGAGGCUUUCACUGAAAUUCCAGAUAUCUUUUCAGAGGCCAAAAAAGCGCUGGGAUCUUCUGUCUUGCACUGGGGCUACUUGCCCAGCAAAGAUGACUAUUUCCAGGCUCUGUGCAUGGCCGAUGUUGUCGUCUCGACAGCUAAACACGAAUUCUUUGGUGUGGCAAUGGUCGAAGCUGUAUAUUGCGGCUGUUAUCCGCUGUGUCCCAAAGCCUUGGUGUACCCAGAGAUAUUUCCAGCUGAAUAUCUGUAUUCUACACCUGAACAGCUUUUUAAAAGGCUUCAGAAUUUCUGCAAGAGACCAGAUAUUGUGAGGAAACAUCUCUAUAAGUUUUAUGGAAUCAAACGUAGCUCUCUGGUUCUGGGUAUUUGUGGUUGCCAAAGUAAGUGCCAGAAUGAAGCAAGUAACAGCAACAGGGCAUCGGUUUCCAUCGGAGUACACCAUAGGACCUGUCAGUGCUUGCAAGCUCCCUACCUAGUAGAUUUUAAAAUAUAAAAAAAAAUAAAAUAAAAUAAAAUAAAAUAAAAUAGGGCAAAGCAUUUGUUUCUGCAUUAUUUUCUUUAAGUUUACCUUUCAGUUCCCUCACUUCAGUUUCUUAAUUUAAAACAGCAUGUAUAAAGAGUAUACAGUGGAAAGGGACAAGAAGAGUUGCCAAAAGCCAGGCAUGGAAGGAGCUGACAACUUUAAAUAAUCUCUCCCAGCUCUCCCAGCCCUCCCAGCUGAAUGAGUGCUGGUUGACAUGCUGUCAGCUUCAGUUCCUACAGAAAAAUCCUACUCUCACUCAUGCUUGUUUAACGGAGAAAAGAAUUUGGCCCACUUUCUGACAUUCAUCUUCUCAUUUCCAUCACACUACAGAAGCUCACCUGCCUAUGAAAAGACACAUGGCGUGAUUUUUUUUUUUUCUUUCUUACACCACUGUAGAAGGAAGUCUGCUGAAUUCAAAGGGAUUAAACUGCUGUAAAAUCAAAUUAAGAUCCCAGUUAGACCGUAGACAUCUGAAUUGUUUCCAGUCUCGGGAUUUGGCUGUAUAGGGCAGUUCUAACAAAACUUUCUUUUUUUUCUUUUUUUUCCAUCUCUUUUGCUCUGAUUUGAGAUAGAGCAGUAUCUUUGGUAUUUCAGGAAAACAUGUAGAAGGGAAAACCGCUCUUGGUCCAGCUUUAAUAUUUAGGCACAGCUAGGAAAGCAGCAGGAGGCAUUCUCAGCCUAAGGAUACGGGGCGCUGGACACGUGAGGACGUGGGGGAGCCUCAUGCCAGAUGCCCCGUCAGCCACUCAGCCCUGUUGCAAGGAGCAGUAGUUGUUCGUAGUUCUUGCAGAGGCUGUGUAAGAGACAAGGACGAUGCUUCUGCCCUUGUCCUUACCCACUCCCCAGCAAAACUCCACCAGAGUUUAAUUUUUCCGCAGACAGGCUAACUGCCACUCUGGGUCAGCACACCAUGUGUUCAAUACCGUGUUUUUGAUAGUGGUGAGCAUUGGAUAUUGGAGAGAAGGCUGCCAAAGGUAGAAUUACAGUAUUAAAGGUUUUCUCUUUGUCUUUUAGAGUUAGAAAUUGGUCCUAACCCUGGGCUUGGAGGUUUUAUGAUCUUUCAUAAUCUUCUUGUAUUAAGUAUAGUGAGGCUGUAGUAACAGUUCUCCGUUUGAUGUUCAGGCCCUUGGAAACCCCUGUCCUUGUCUUUCACAUCCUCCUAUAGCAAAGCAGUUCAUUAUAAGUUUACAGAUGACGUUAAAAGCAUUUCCUCCAGUCAGCUCAGGGUUUCCCCCUCUUUCCAUUGCAUUGAGGGGCUCCUUGCCCUGGAGUUGGUCACCUGGAAGCAUAAGCUCCCCAUUCAUCUUUUCUAUACCAUUCAUUAUUUUAUAAGCAUUUGUCAAACUUUUACAUUAUCGUGGUCUUCUCAGUCUCUCUUUGUGAAUGUUAUUCUGUGUUUAUAUUCUUAUCUCCCAUCAUUCAAACCCUUUUGAUGCUUGAGAGCUGUUUUUGUGCUAGUGUGAUCAUUAUUUUAUGGAGUAUUCUAGGCCAUGCCAUCAGAUUAUGUGAUGUGUUGUACUCUGAUAAUUUUCAACCUGUUCCUUAUGGAGCCAAACAUACUGUUUACUUUUUAACGGUGAAUGUAUAUUGAGCAGAUGUUUGUUUACAGUGUUCUCCAGAUCUUUUGUCCUGAGCUGAUAAAGUUAAUUUAGAGCUCUAUAGCAUGUGCAAAUAGUACAAAGAUUUCCAGCGAAGCAUGUUUGCAGAGAAAAAAGAAGGCAUUAUAUUGAAUUUCUGCUUCUGCCUGAUUAGCAUUAGGUGCAGGUCAGAAGGAGGUUGGAAGCACAAGUGGGAAACUUGUAUUUGCAUCUUGAGAUGCUCGCUUUCCAGUGAGCAUAAUUUAAAAUGGCUUCAGGGAUGGUCUGGAUCUGCUUCUCAGAGCCUGUAUGGGAAGGUUACAGCAGCCUGGGAACUCUAAUAUGCAGCAUGCACUGUCCAUGCUCUCCCAUCUCGGUGUCAGUUAAGCGUGGGAUCCUAAGUAAAAUGCAUAUAACAUAAGGAUUUCUUAUGUGAAAGAAAACUUUGGUUACUUAUUUAGAACAUAGAAUCGUAGAGUAAUUUAGGAAGGAACCUCUGGAGGUCUGCUGGGCAGCCUCUGCUCAAAGCAGGGCUAGCUUCAAAGUAGGAAUUAACUUCAGAGUUGGAUUAAGUUGCUGAGCAUCACACACAGGUGAGGCUGAAGUCUUGACAUUUUUCAUUGCCAUAUGUAUGGCUCAUACAGGUGAAAUCCAGCUAGCUUAGGAGGUUUGCGUGGGCGAGAAGAUCUGCUGAACCGCGGGACACAAUUUAAGCGUUUUGGGUCAACCUUAGGCCUUCAUGCAGGGUGUGGGACUGGAAGGAGCUGUGGCAGAGUGAGCUCUGCUAGCUAGUGUGGAUCCUCACUGUGGAAGAAAUGAGCUGGCAGGUAGGCUGUUGAACUUACCUGCUGGGUCAUUCUAGGAUCCAGCCAUGCAUAUAUAGACUUAAUAUGUGUCUAUGUAGACAUAUAUAUAAAUAUGCAUAUAGAUGUAUGUAUGUGGCCUGCACCUGAACUUCUCCCAGGGCUUGUCUUGCUCUUGGCUCUCUGAGGUAUAUAUCUAGGAGAUUUCAGCUCUCUGAAAAUGCUGGCUGCAUUGCAGAGCAGGAAGAAAGCGUUCAUUAAGGAAGCAGUUAUGUGUGCAUCUUUCAGCAUAAACACCAGGACUUUGAACUUUUUAUUAUAAUAAUGUUAGAGAGCUUCCACUUUAGUUUCAGAAAGUAAAUGAAAACCGGCAGAUGAACCAUGGCUGCUGCAAAAUGGUAGGUGGAGAAAUGGGUCAAACGAAAUAUGAUGGGCUUUGAGAAAAAGGUUGCAAAAAGCAUGAAGACUUAUUUUUUUUUUCAGUAAAAUAUAUUCAAAUUACCUUGAGAAAGAAAGCCUGAAACUGGUUUCCUACUGUUGUAGUUGUUUGGUGAACAAUCCUGUGCGAGGUACCCACCAGGGUAUCUUGCAUAAAUUCACAUCCAACAUUUCAUUGUUUUUUGUUUAAAGACAGAAAGAAUGAAAUGAGGUUUAAAAGACCGAUAUAUGAAACUUCAGAACAGGACAGUUCAGGGAUUUACUGUUACUCUACUGAGGAGUAUUAUAUAGCUCUGACUCGGGCCUCGCAGUGCACCCAGUCCAUGUAAACCAAUGCUGUUUUGAUGGUGGUUUCCAAAGGCGCUUGGAGUUUGAAAGUGGAGCUCCAAAAGUAAUUACUGCAAGCUGCUUUCCACCUUGAUUCUUCCCCAAUACUCGCUUACAGAGGGAAGGAGCUGGGUCACAGAGUAAAGCUGACCCAAAACAAAUUGGCUCUGUAAAUCACUCUGCUGUCUUGCCUGCCAAAUCUCAGAUUUUGUUCUAUGUCUCUAUUUCUUUAUUUUGCUAAGGUAGUUUUUUAAGAAGCGUGCAAAAUGUACAGCAAAUCAGUACUGUCUGCUUGAACUGCAGCUGUCCUAAACAGCAGGUUUGAAUGGAUGAACAGUCCUUAUUAAAUUCUAAAGAUUAACUCUGAAGUCUAAUGAUGGCAGAGUAGGUAUUAAUUGCUUCGCUUCUGAUCUCAGGAUACAUGAAACAAAUAGGUUGAUUAUUUUAUAAAAGAUAUUGUACUGCUACUGAUAUCUUGUUUUGCUGCCUGUUCUUCGUGGGGAGAUCUUGCUUUAUGUGAAAACUUCGCUUCCCAUGAUCUCUGCUCAUUUAAGAACUGUUGACCGAAUCACUAUUCCGUGAAAAAAUGAAUGCCCAGACCUUUGCAGAGUUACCGCUCCCCCCCCAAAAAAAAAAAAAAAAAAAAAAAAAAAAAAAAUUGAAUUACUUCACCCCAAGGUUUCUCUAAGAUAAAGCCCAGAAGCCAGACUGAUGACGGGCAAGCAGGAGAAUUAGGCCCUCGCUCCUGCUGGGUCGUGGUUCUGCCGUGUCAGAGGGUGCGAGGGGCAGGUCGGUCCCCGCGGGUGCUCAGUCCUCGGCAUGUCCACCAGGACAGGCAGUAAAGCAGAAGGACGGGCGAUGGUGCUCGUCCAGGAGCAAAUAACCUGGGGCAGCUGACCAGCUUACCCAUCUUUAAAAAAACAAAAACCAAAAAACAAAAAACCAAACAAACAAAACAAAACAAAAAAAAAAAAACAAAACAAAACAAAACAAAACAAAACAGCAGAAUUCACCCCGUUUACAAAUAAGGCUGCGUAAGUGUUCUCUGACCAACUGGCUUCCACCCCUCCUGAAAUCCCGGGUGUUGCAGAGCGUUUCGGCACAGAGCCACGCUCCUUCCCGCGCGAGAGACGUCCCUCCCGUGUCCCAGCACCUAACGCGGCGGCGUGCGCUUUUCUCUUCUGCUUCCUCGUAGGGCGAGACGGCUGGGUUUUCUUGGGCAGCGCUCGGCGGUAAAUUCAGGUCUCUGCUCGCAGCAGAACCGAGGGAAGAUUUGUGACAGAUGGGGCUAAGUCACAAACUUGCAGCC